AUGAUGAACGCAGUAUUAACACUUAUUGUGAAGAGAAAGCGUUUUUUGGUGGAUAACCCGAGACCCGACAACCGACUUGGAAAUAUUAUGGAUGUAGUCGUAUUCAAAACAAUUGGCAUCUCCUUUCGACAGCUGUUUCUCAGAACAACCAAAGAAAACAUAAAACACAUCCUACUCAACUUGCUGCCGGACGAUACAUCGCCACAACUCAUUCUUUCCUCUUCCCAGAAUUCCCAACCAUUCCUUACUCUCCACAGUUUAUUUCAAACUCUUCUUUUUCUCUCCUUCCACUGUUUCCGGUUCAUUUGGUGCUGA